UGAAUGUCUUUGAUUGGGAGUCGUGAGCAACAGGAGUACAUCUGUGAUUGAUUAACGACCGAGUUGUUCUUGAAACCUCAACAUUUGGCAGAUGAGUAUUGUCACAUUUGUGUGAUGUAUCUUAUACUAAUGAGUUACCCACCUUUUGAACUCUUUAGGAACAGAUUGCCUCUACAUCAUUAUACACCUUGAUAUCAUCUUGUAUUCUACUGCUGCUUCCAUACUUGCACACUCAAUUACCUAGAAGUCGCCAAGCUGAUAAUCUGUAAUUCUACCUAUAGACAUAAAACCUGAAGUGUUGGAUCAAACAUAGCCAGUAACCAUGAGGAAUAACGCUGAUGUUCAUUUCGUCGCCCUCACCGCGUUUAUGGUGUCCCUGCUGACAUACAGCCAUGCUUUUGAAGAAGAGGAUCUCGGCCAGAAACACUGUGAUGAAUUAAACAUCAGUGCGGUUACAUCUUAUAAGAUAGCGUCUGUGGAAUUUGACGACGUCUCAGGGACUUUCAUAGCUGUCAUGUGGAUAACCAUUGGUGCUCUAGCAAAAGUCUUCUUCCAUUUCUCGCCGCUGCCCAAGUAUGUCCCGGAGAGCUGCCUCCUCAUUGCCAUUGGCUUCAUUAUCGGAGCCCUCUUCCUGGCCAACACUGCGUCGCCGUUCAAGCCAGAGCUCCAGGCCCACAUCUUCUUCCUCUACCUCCUACCGCCCAUCAUGAUGGAGGCGGGGUACUUCAUGCCUCAGGCUGCUUUCUGGAAUAACAUAGGCAGUAUCCUCAUGUUCGCCGUCGUCGGGACCCUCAUCAACGCCUUCACCAUCGGAUUGUCUCUGUGGGGCGUCUCUAUGGGCGGACUUCUCCGUGGAAAUACAACCAUCAAUUUCUUGGAGUGUAUGACCUUCAGCAGUCUCAUCUCUGCUGUGGAUCCUGUCGCUGUUCUGGCCGUCUUUGAGGAGAUUCAUGUCAAUCAAGUCCUUCACAUUCUGGUCUUUGGAGAAUCACUGCUCAAUGAUGCUGUCACAGUGGUGCUGUACCGUGUCUUUGAAUCUUUCAACGAGAUCGGAGGAGAACACCUUGCAACUCAGGACAUCAUCUUCGGCUUCAUCUCCUUCUUCGUGGUCGCGUUCGGAGGUAUCCUGAUCGGUCUCAUCAUGGGUUUCCUCACAGCGCUCAUCACCAAGUACACCUACAAGGUACGCGUCAUCGAGCCCAUCUUCGUCUUCGUCAUGGCCUACCUCUCCUACAUCAUAGCUGAGAUGCUCACCUUGUCCAGUAUCCUUGCGAUCGUCACAUGUUCGAUGUUCAUGAAGCCUUACGUGGAGCAGAACAUCUCCACCAAGUCUCACACCACCAUCAAAUACUUCCUCAAGAUGCUGAGUAGUAUCAGUGAGACCAUCAUCUUCAUCUUCUUAGGGACUACAUCACUCAGCAAAGAGGCCCAUCAGUGGGACACGGCGUUUGUUCUCUUCACUCUCCUCUUCUGCUCCGUGUAUAGGGCUAUAGGUGUAUUCGUACAGGUAACGAUCCUGAAUCGCUUCCGACUAUUCAAGAUCAACCGACGCUCUCAGUUCAUCAUGACGUAUGGAGGCAUCCGCGGUGCUAUCGCUUUCUCGUUGGUGGCGCUCUUGUGUUCUAAAGUCAUCAGCGCAAAGCCCAUCUUCUUCACCACAACCGUAGUGAUCAUCAUGUUCACAGUCUUUGUACAGGGUAUUACUAUCAAACCUCUUGUGAACUUUCUGCACAUCCAAAAAGCAGAGAAGAGGAAACCAACGAUGAAUGAAGAAAUUUACGAGAGGUUUAACAGCCAUCUAAUGGCGGGUGUGGAGGAUAUAGUUGGUCACCAUGGACAUCAUUGGAUCAAAGAAAAAUGGGAAGAGGUCAACCAUAAAUUCCUUGAGAAGUUACUGGUGAAGGAACCAAAGGUGAACAGAGACGGAGAAAUCCUUAACGUCUACAAGCGUUUGAAAGAGAAAGAAACUCGGGAGGGGAUUGAGGGUAAUAAAAAUUUCCAUCUUUCUCCUUCAACUGGAGACCUCAUCUCGCGAAAUCAAAGUGAAGCCUCUCUUCUCAACCAGGAGGUAACUGACCCCGCUCUGAGACAGCGUAAACCUGACCACGUUGAAAGUAUGGCAAUUCAAGAAGGAACAGAAGAAUCACCCAAACGUAGGAAGUCCUCCUUUACAAAUCAGCUGGAUGCCUUCAAGAAGAGUGCUUAUAGACCUCGUCAGGCUCACACUGUGCGUCAGUCCCGUUACUUCUUGGAUGAUGAGGAGAUCAAGGAUCACGAGGAGAAACCUCUGGCAGAGCGUAGCCUUCACAUCCUGCAUCGUCACAAGACAAAGAAGAUGCGGGCGAACAAGACGCAGAAGGGCAACACUCGUAAGCGUUCCGGUUCGGCCAUUCGUAACAUGUUCAAGAGCCGCAGCGGUAACAACCUGGACGUUAGUGGUGAUGCCCAACAACCCAAAGAGGCAUACAGGAAAAGCCUAACACCCCCUGCUCCCACCAUCAUCAUCACACCACAAACGCCAAGCGCCAGCAGUGAUCAGGGAAUAACUUUCAGCGUCAAAUCAGCAACGUCGCCGAAUGGCAAAGAUGGAGUUGAACCUGGAGCCGAUGCUGUUGCUGAUAUGGGACCAGCCCAGGUGGACGUCACCGAGCCAUCAACCAGCGCUGAUGAGCAGAAGAGGUCACCAGAAGAUGUCCAGUUCUCUGUCGAGGAUGAAAAAUCAAAAGAGAAAGAGACCGGCUUUUAGCUCAUCUCAUCUCAUCAUGUCAUUUGUCUAAUAUUUUGUUCCCUUUUGCCUUCCAUGACCAACAAUAUGAAAUAGUGAGGAUUGAAAUAUUGUCUUUCAAACUGUUGUUGAACUUAUCAUCUUAAAUGGGAUGGUUAGAUCAAGAUGGAAUUUGUAGAUUGUCGAUCAAUGGUGGAGAAUAUCUGUAGAAUUUAAGCUUAAAGAUUGUACUGUACAUUUAUGUAAAAUUACUAUAUAGAUAUGACUAGUAUAUUAUUGUGACUUUAAGUGACAUGCAAAUACAUUUUGUACUAAUAAUCAUCUUGAAGUACAAUCAUACUUUUCUUUGGUAUCCUUAUUAGUUAUAUCAUUUUAUUGGUAAUGAUUUUUUUUUUCUUUCUUGUAAUGCUAGCUGUCUUUCUGUUAUUGAAUUAUAUGUCAGAAUAUAGAAGGAUUGAGACUUAUUUUUCUUUUGCAAUAUCCACAUGUAUAUGGUGGAAUGAACCUGGGGGUGUUUCACAAAGAUUCUAAGUCAAACUUAACUCUAAGUUGGACUUAA